AUAGGAAAUUUCAUAAACAUUUUGUACAAAUCAAGAUUACAAAUAUAGUUUGUAGAAGAUAAUUUAAAAUAGCUUAAAUCAUGGAUGAGAUCGAAUACAAAUUAAAAUCGCAAGAUCCUACUUUGAUAUCACAUGCUAUAUCCAAACUUGUUCAGACAAUUAUAGAAAAAUCAAGCAAGGAAGAGGAUAUUAGAAAUAUACCAGAAUUUCAAACACUCACUUUAAAAUGCAAUAGCGAUGAUCCCAUGGUUAGUACAUCAGCCUGUCAAGCACUGGUUAUACUUGUUAAAGUUGGAUUAUACACUUCCAAGUCUGCAAUAGCAACCUUCCUAAGUGUGUGUUCUUCAAAGAAUUAUGAAUCAGUCACUGUGGCUGUGAGUAAACUGUUAAUAUUAGAUUGUAAAGUGUUGGAUGAUCCUUGUGAAUAUACUCUUCAAGCACCUACUCAGCAUCCAUUCAUCACAAUUCUGAAUCAUGAAAACUAUAGUUGGAGAACAAUGUUGAUUCAGAUGAAGCAGAUUAUGCAACAUAAUGAUCAAAAGCUUAUAAAAUGGCGUAUGCAGCUCUUACGGCCUGUAUUCUUGUACAUACUGUGCAAUCCUUCUACAAAUUUGGACAAUAGUUUCAAACAACAAGCAUGGCAACUCGUGAUUGAGUCCAACGACACAUUGGAUUUACAAGUAGAGAUUCUAUUCUGGCUGUGCACUAAUCAAUCAUACACUUGCAUCGAUACGAAUUGCAGAGUGCUCGAGUUUGCGGAGAGAUCGUUGCUGAAAAGAAACAUCAAAUACUGCACAGCAUUAGUGCCUUUGAUCACAUCUUUGACAAUCAACUUCUUAAAGUACGGUCAUGAGCCGGCGCAAAAUUUUUCUAUGUUACUCGAGCUGAUCAAGCAAUGCUGUGACAACUAUAUAGGAGACAUUAUGAUCAUUUUAAUGGCAGAAAUUAUUUUGAUAUGUCCAGCUAUUCACCUAUCAAAAGUUUUUGACAUAUGCAUAGCUAUCGUGAACAAGAUGCCGUGCAAUGUUGUAUUGCUACACACGUUGGCUGCGGCUUUGCUGAAAUGGCUGGCUUAUCCAUCACUGCUGUGCCAAGACCUAUUACCGGUGGCGAAGGAACUGAUAAAUAAGAUCUUGCAGAACAAGGGGAUGACAAGCCAGCACGUGGUUGGCGACAAUAGUGUGCCAAACAAGUUACUCCUUACGUUCAGCCACAGCAACAGCCACAUCCAAAUCUACAUGGAGCUUAUGCGCAGUCUAUACUCUCUGGACGUAGACGUCGAGUCUUGGUUGAAGAAGUUCUCACUCGCACCGAUCGAUCUCAAAUACACGUGUAAGCUGGUCCUGUGUGGGAUCUUUCUGCACAGCGAGGAACCUCGCGUCGUGCAGGAAUCCUGCCGGAUUCUCGUACAGAUGGUUCACGAGAUCAACGCCUUCGCGUCGCACAUGCUCUCCUUGCUGUUGCACAAACUGACCAAAACCCGCGACAGCGCCACAUCCAAGUGUCUGUUGCUGGCUCUGCCAGAGUUCGUCCCGUUCAAGGAGAACCUGCGAAUUGUCGUUCACACGUUGAACUCGCUGUCGGAGAGCGACGGGUCCCUACGCUACUUCGCGAUCCAGCUGUACGCGAUGGCGUUGGAGAAAGAACCGCGUUGCCAACGUUUCAUGUCCGACGCGCUGAUAGAUCUGGCCAAGGAGACCGGCCGCAACUGGCACUCGGACGUGGCGUGCGCCCGAGCGAUUAAGCACGUUUGCAAGAGUCGACCCGAGCUCUGCACGGACUUUGUGCCGCUGCUAUCUCAGAUCCUGAAUCGCUGCCACGACUUAAACGGCGGUGCGGCCAGUGCGCUCGCGCUCGACAGCAUCUCGUUGCUGUGCGAGGCUGCUGUGAUAGGUAUUUGCUCGACGUGGAAGCUGCUGGCGCCAAAGAUGCGUAAGGAAAAGCGCACGGUAAUAUUGGAGAGUCUGUGCAGCUUUUUCGCGAAUGUUCCCUCCUUCCCUUUCAAGUCGGACAACGACUACGAGAGCUUCUUCGUCGAUGUGGUGCCGCUUCUGUGGAGCUACGUGGUCGGCAGGGACUUGAGGGUUGCGGAAUCGGCACUCAAGGCUUUAAAAUCCUACUCGUUCGCGCGGAUCCCCUUGAACGCCUUGCCGUUGGAGUUUCGCUCGAACGUCACAUUACCUCACGUAUACUACGAGAAGGCAGCCGAUAAAAAUGUCAAUCCCGAGGACUUGCUAAAUUACGUGCCAGGCGCUUGCUGGAUACAGAUGCUGAAAAACGUGAACAAAAGUAUCCUGACGUCGGCCGGGGAUCUCCUCAUUUCCUAUAUCGAGGAAGAACUGGGCACCUACCGGUCGCAAAUUUACAAUUGGUCGCAAGGCGAGCCGUGUAAUUUCAAGUACUUGCCAGAGAGAAGCGUUAUCAGAGCGGUCGGUGAUCACUUGAGACGAAGCAAUCCGUCCGACCUGAACGAGCAGAGGAUCAUCGUGGAGUGUAUGCGCGUGUUUGCUCACAAGUACACGAAGCUAUUGCCGAACGUGAACUGGGACUUUCUGAGCAAAGCUAUGCAGAUCUCGGAGACGGCCAAGGAAUACGGUCUGUCCAUCGCGAGUCGUCACGCGUACAUCUCGCUGUCGGCAAAACUCCUGGUGGAGAAUUGCCUAUCAAAGUAUAGGUCGGCGAAUUUCAGGCCCACGUCGGAUGCGGCUACGUUGUUGUUGAGUGAAAGACAUUUGGCGUUUUACGCGAAUCUGCAUGAACUGUCCCGAGCCUUCCCGCCAACCGACCUGAAGCAUUUCCUCGAGAUCUCUCUCGACCAUGUCGUCAAUAUGUCACUCAACGAUGAGAAGGCAGUUGCUUCGUUUGACCACAUCAUGUCUUCCUACGCCACGACGUUGAACAGCGAUGCGGCACAUUUAGGCAACCGCACGCUGCUGUAUACCAUACUAAAGAACAUCUUUCAAAACAUUGAUUUAACGUCGAGCCGUUACCACGAAUAUUUUACAGCCAUGAUGGAACUGUCGGCCGAGGAGGUGGAACAAAUGACGUCGCCAAGUUGUCUGGAAGGAACGCCGAAGGAGCUGAGGAACGCUGUCAUCGUCAGGAUCGAAUUGGCUACGAGAAAAUUUAGCAAGAUGCCACUCGUUUGGCUGAAUGAAUCUAUCGACGUGGUUGCGUCCACUUAUACGGAGUUACAGGUGUACUUCUUGGAAGGUAUACAGAAGGUGAUGGCUGAAGUAAGGUCGGAAAAGUACUGCGUGGAUUGGGUCUUGGAUUUCAUGAGUCGCAUCGACGCACUCAUACUGGAGUCGCCCGACGAGAAAGAUAAGAUCCUUUUCUACUGCGACACUUUAUUCAUUUCGAUUAUCUGCCUGUCCGGCAUAGACUGUCUUCUGCCAGAGAAAGAAUCACUAAGUGCUUCGCAAGACCUCAGAAUACGAUUGUUCCCGCAAGCGACCUUCAUACUCGUCGAUAAGCAAAUUUGGAAAUCCGUAACUCGUCAAAUCAUGAAUUGGCUGAAUCACAUGAGGACCAGUUCCGUACCUGAUGUGUAUAGAUCUGCGUUUCAAAGCGCGUUAAUCUUAUUAAGGCAUGAAAAGGAUUACACCUUACAGUGGACAAAUUAUCUGUCCGUUAAAACUUGUAUACCAACAUAACUAUACAUGUGUAGUACAACUAAAUGUAUUUACAAGAUUUUUGUAUAAAAAAAGGGAAGAUUAAAUGUUCAUUGGAUUUACUUUUCUUUCGCAAUA